UCAUCUUAGUUGAAAUGGACUAUAGUUUGCUCAAGUUGCCUCAAUUCAAAUAAAAAUAAAUCAAGAUUCUGAAAGUUGACUACAAAAUCUUCGAUAUUUGCUUGAUACUUAAGCAUUUAAAGUACAAAAACUAUUAAUACUAAUUAUAUAGAUAAAUAUAAAGAAAUGAACAGCAUCCAUUUCGAAAGUUUAUGGGAUAUUGUAAUGACUAUGAUUCGGCUAUGAGACGGUGUCUUAAGCAAGAGAGACUACGUCGGCAAAGAGCUAACUUAGAAGAUUCUAGAAAACGCCACGCCGAAAUUCAUGCCCGAAUUUUAGCAUCAGAGAGAGCGAAGGCAGCUGCUUCAGCAACAAACAGUUCAUAAACAUUUAUUAUAAUAUGGAGUACAAGAUUUUAGACUCGAUACCAGACAUAGCCAAUGUUAAGUCGUUCACAGACAGAUACUUCAGUAAAAGAUAUAUUCUAAAUGUUGAUGGUGUAGAGAACAAUGACAUAAUGCUCAUGUUUCACUCAAACCGAAUUACACUUUUGAGCUUGGCUCCGAGCCAUUUCUUUUUCAAGAAAGAUAUGAAAUACACCAUUAAUUUUUCAAUUGGUAAUGUGGAUCGUCUCAACAAUACUGUGAAGGGUAAAGGCAAGAAAGGUGGUCAGAUAUUGACACCAAACUCUAUUAUUUGUAAAAUAGAGUACAGUGAUGGCAGUAGUUUUGAUGUUCCUUGUGGCUUGAAGGGAACUCUGAUUGAGGUCAAUGAACAGCUGGUUAAACAUCCAGAACUGCUAAAAGAAAUGCCAGAUGCUAAUGGCUAUAUUGCAAUAAUUCUUUCCAGUAUUGCUAAUUCAGAGGCGGCAAAGAACAAGUUGUUGAGUCAUGAAGAAUAUAUUAAACUUUUUGAAAGUACAUAGCUUAUGUUAUAGUAUAAAUAGACUUUUGAUUAGAA